CAAAAAUUCUCAAAGCCAACCGAAUCAACAAACCCAACAGCAUCCGCGCUUUCUCUCCACCAACAAUUGACCACUUCCUGCUCUCGAACACCCCGACAGUUCGAUUCCAUUACCGCAACAGCGUUCGCUCCCAAUAAUCUCUACGAAAUCCAACAUGGCAGCUUCGGACAUCCAGAAUCCCCCAGCCCCGGUCGAGUCCAAGUCGGCCAAGAAGAAGGCGAAGGCUGAGCGCACCGAGUCCCCCGCCCCUGCGCCUUCGACCGGCCCUGCCUCCGUUGCUGCGGGCGAGGGCCGUGAUGAGACAGAGAACUCUUAUAUUCGCGACUUGCAGAAGAGCAUCCGCAACAUCACCAAGAAGAUUACAAACACGGCCAGGAUCGACGCCAUCAUCGCCGAGCACAAUGGCAAGUCGUUGGACGAACUCGUUGCCGCCAAGAUUAUCAAUGCCGACCAGAAGGCCGCGCACCUCAAGAAGCCUGCCCUGCAGGCUCAGUUGUUCCAGCUCGAGGAGCAGCUUGCGCAGCACAAGAAGGUCGACCAGGAUUACCGCGCUCGUCUGGCCGAGCAGGAGAAGAACCUGACGGAGAAGUUUGAGAAGGAGAAGGCCGACCUGGUGGCGGAGCUCACCCAGAAGGCGGAAGCAGACGUCAAAAAGUCACUCCACGACAACCUUCUCAUCCUCUCCCAGUUCCUCCGCCUUGCCGCGGCCCGCCGCGCCGAGGAUGUCGAUAGCACGGCGGACGAGAACAUGGCGCUCGAGGGUGUCCUGCUGCAUAUCUACUCUGGCGACGAGAAUGCCGUUGCCACCAUGCUGAAGCUGGUGCAGGGCGCGGACGAGCAGACGCGCAGCACAACUGGGGAGACACUGCAGACGACCUUCGCCCAGGUCAAGCAGGUCGCCGUUGCCUAUGCCGCUUCGUUCGCCCAGCCCGAGCCCGUUCCGCAGUCGACCGAGUCCGAACCCGCGGCCGAGUCCAAGCAGGAACCCCAGACCGACCGGACCGUCGCCAACGCCGCCCUGACCGAGGUCGAUGACUGCACCGCUACUCAGCUGACCAACGGCCAUGUGGAGGCGUCUUCGAGCAGCGCUGCUCCCAGCAACGCCGAGGUUGCCGAUGAGGCAGCCAACGCUGCGGGGGAGAGCCAGUGGAACGCGAGCGACAAUGACCCGAGUUCCUCGCCGGAGUGGGUGGACGUUAAGGUCCCGCGCGAGGCUAGCGAGACGGAGACCGCUCCGGCCCCCACCGCUGCCGCACCCGCUCAAUCGUGGGCCGACGACCAUCCGGAAAAGGAGGCCGCUCCGGCGGCUGCCGCAGACGACGGCUUCCAAUCGGUGCCGGGCCGCAACCGCGGCCACCGUGAGGGUGGUGGCUACCGCGGUCGCGGCGGUUACCGUGGCCGCGGCGGCUAUCGUGGCGAGGGCCGGGGGCGUGGUCGUGGGGGCCAGCGCGGCGGCUUGCCCUCGCGGCCCCGUCGUGGCGGCGAUGAGCACUAGAACAGGAGUCCGCUCGUUUUCCUCAGCCGCCGCUUGGAAUUUACGCACGCGCACAUACAAGGGAUU